AUGGCUUAUGUUCGUUUGUACUCCUCGAUGCCCGUCAAGCGACACAAUGUGGCCAUGGACAUCCAGGUUGACGAGGAGCGUAAAAUUGUCACCGGAUGUGCCUACAUGUGUGGGACCGCAUCUGUCGGUGAAGUGUUUGACGGUAUCGGGCGCAUUGUGGAUGCUGUUGUACAUAUGUGAUUUCCCAUGUAGACUGUCUCUGACCGAAUUGCCUCUGGUCACUUUCAUUCCACUUUUAUCAUGAUUCAUUUAAAUACAAAUAUGCCACAGCGAUU